UUUCAGACAUGGGACACAGAACUGGAGAGAUCUGCAGAGUCGUGGGCCGAAACCUGUCUAUGGGAGCAUGGGCCUGCAAGCCUUCUUCCAUCAAUUGGGCAGAAUUUGGGGGCACACUGGGGAAGGUACCGACCUCCAACAUUCCAUGUCCAAGCAUGGUAUGAUGAAGUGAGAGAUUUCACGUAUCCCCAUCCUCAUGAAUGCAACCCGUAUUGUCCUUACAAAUGCUCUGGUCCUGUUUGUACACAUUACACACAGGUUGUCUGGGCUACAAGUAGCAGAAUCGGUUGUGCAAUUAAUUUGUGUCAUAACAUGAACAUCUGGGGACAGAUUUGGCCAAAAGCAGUGUAUCUUGUAUGCAAUUAUUCUCCUAAGGGUAACUGGUGGGGUCAUGCUCCUUAUAAACCUGGUCGCCCUUGUUCUGCAUGUCCCCCUAGUUUUGGAGGAGGUUGCAGAGAAAAUCUUUGUUACAGAGAGGAUUCAGAACGGCCUUAUUCUCCUCAUGAACCAGAAGAGGAAACCAAUGAGAUUGAACGGCAGCGAUCCAAAGCCCAGGAUGCAACGGCACAAAGCCGGCCAAGAACUCAUUCACCUUCAGGCUCCACAGGCAGCGAUGACAGUGAGAAAAAUGAAGUAAUAAGCACACAGCAAAUGUCUCAGAUUGUUUCAUGUGAAGUAAGGCUAAGAGAUCAGUGCAAAGGAACAACUUGCAAUAGGUAUGAAUGUCCUGCUGGGUGUUUGGAUAGCAAAGCCAAAGUUAUUGGAAGUGUACAUUAUGAAAUGCAAUCCAGUAUUUGUAAAGCUGCCAUACAUUAUGGCAUCCUAGACAAUGAAGGUGGUUGGGUUGAUGUCACUAGGCAAGGAAGGAAAAAUUACUUUAUCAAGUCUUACAGAAAUGGCAUUCAGUCAAUUGGAAAAUACCAGUCUGCUAACUCCUUCACUGUCUCUAAAGUAACAGUUCAAGCUAUCACCUGUGAAACAACAGUGGAACAGCUGUGCCCAUUUCAAAAACCAGCCUCACACUGCCCAAGGGUCUAUUGUCCUCGCAACUGUAUGCAGGCAAAUCCACACUAUGCUCGUGUAAUUGGAACACAGAUUUAUUCUGAUAUGUCCAGUAUCUGCCGGGCAGCAGUACAUGCUGGUGUAGUCCGCAACGAGGGCGGUUAUGUUGAUGUUAUGCCCGUAGACAAAAGAAAGGUGUACGUUGCUUCCUUUCAAAAUGGGAUAUAUUCAGAAAGUUUACAGAAUCCUCCAGGAAGCAAGGCAUUCAGAGUAUUUGCUGUUGUUUGAGUCUAGCAAGUAAAAUGUAAAACAAGCAAGUGAAACCAGAUCACCUGGAAGAGAAUAAUAAAGGCCAUUUCUUAUAAUUCCUAAAAUUUGUAUAAAGCUGUAACAUUAUUGUACAGAAGAUGUAUACUGCUUUCCACCAAAAAGUUUAAAUUACAUAUAUAUCUUAAUGAAAAAAAUUUGUAAAAGUAAACAUGGGAGAAAAAUUCAUUUGAAAAUCUAUAAAGAUAUAUAACAAUAUUUUGAAUCCUGUGUUAAAUAUUGCUAUAUUUUCUUAGCAGUUACUCCUAUACAGUUAAUUCAAAGCUCAUAAAUGUUCUUUGUUUUCUUCAUCUGAAUAUGUUAUUGUAUGGUGCUUUAUAUAUGCCACUAACAGUAACCUUAGAACUAUACCAUAGGGAGGCCUGAGUUUUUAUUUCCAAGGUACAUAAAAGAAGCCAUCCCAAUAAUUCAAUAUAAAAAAUCAUACCUUAAAGUAAAAUAAAUAUAUAUAACUUUCUGAUGAUUUACCAUAGCAUUAGCCAUGCAAACAUAAAUGAAGAGCUAAGACUGUUUUCAAUUUCACACUAAUCAUAGGUACAAAUACCUGUUUUGA